AUGUCACUCCUCCGCCACCUCCUCCUCCGCCGUUCCUCCGCCGUCACUCUCCGUUCCUUCUCAACUUCCUCCGCUCAACAACAAGCAACGGCGGAGCCCCAGCCUCCUCCUGAAGAACUCCACACGCGCGUCAGAUCGUUGAUUCGCUCCGGCAACCUCGACGCUGCCUCUGCCAUGGCCCGCCAGUCGACGUUCUCAGCAACAACUCGUCCAACUGUGUUCACCUGCAAUGCUAUCAUUGCUGCAAUGCACCGUGCGAAAAGAUACAAUGAAGCUCUUGAUUUGUACGAGUUCUUCUUUAACCUCUUUAAAAUUGCUCCUAACAUUGUCUCUUAUAACUUUGUUAUCAAUGCUUAUUGUGAUGAGGGCCGCAUUGACGCGGCUCUCGAUGUUUUUCGGAAAAUGAAGGCCGAUGCAUCUAUCAAACCCUCACCCGUUACUUACCGCAUUAUCACCAAAUGUUUGAUCAGUGCUGGUCGUAUUGAGGAUGCCCGUGACAUCUUGGUUAAGAUGUUAUACACGGGCCAUGCGGAUUUCACUGUGUAUGCUAAUAUCAUAUCUGCUUGUAUUCAACUGGGAAAUGUUGAUAAAGCUAAUGAGCUUAUUGAUGAGCUUAAGAGGUGGUGUCCGAAUUAUUACAUUGGCGAUGUGAGUGUCACUUAUAUACAUUGGUUUUUUGAGCAAGAAAGAGAUAAGGAGGCUAUGGAGUGUUAUAACUCCUUAUUGAACCGCAAGUGUAUGAUGAGACCUAAAACUUGCAAUAUGCUCUUGGAGAUUUUGCUCAGGUUUGGAAAAAAAACCGAGGCUUGGGACUUGUUUCAUGGCAUGUUAGACAAUCAUACACCUCCCACUUUUCAUGCUGUCAACUCUGACACUUUUAUUUUGAUGGUCGAUGAAUGCUUGAAGCUUGGUAAGAUUGAUGAAGCCCUUGCAACUUUGAAGAAAGUUGGAACCAAGCCUGAUUCUAGGCCUUUUUUCUUGGAUAUUGAUGGCAACUCUAAGCUCAUCUCCAGUUUCGAUGAAUAUGAUAUGUUGUCUGAAGCUGAGAAUCUAUUUCAAGAGAUGUACUCCAUGUCUAUGACUCCGGAUGUGUGGACACACUCGUUUUUGAUUCACAGAUAUUUUAAACUGAAUAGGAUCGAUGAUGCUUACAUGACUUAUAACAACAUGAUGGAGGGUGGUCUCAAGGUGGUUGGUUCGAUUACUUGA